CUGUCUAUAAAAGCGAGGCGACACGACCGUAGAGACGCAGUAACGAUAUCCGUCGCAGCGUUAGCGCAACUCAACCAGUGACUGGACCGCGGCAUUCACGUAGCACCUGAACUACUUCUUCUCCUACAAAAAGAUGCAACGAACAGUCGAGGUUUUGCUUGUGGCAGCCGCAGUAUGUGUGCUAACCUACCCGUCGUACGGAGUGGCAGGAGAGAUAAAGGAGAGCGCACCUAUAGAGUAUAUACCUAUGAUAGAUCCAGUCGACACUUGCCUCUUCAAAUGCGAAUCCUGCUACAAGGGCUACGGCAUGCUGAGAUGUGCGAACGAAUGCAUCGAGACAAAGGGUAACAUUUCGAAGAAGUGGCGCAUGCGCUGUGGUCUCUUUGACGAUGCCAACCUCGACAUCCUGAGCCUCUUCAACACGAUCAAGCGCAGAAAGUAGACUUACGGACUACAAAUGAUAGAUAUUCAAAGACUUUUUUAAUUUGAUAACAUGCAAAAUCCCCAGCAGAAUCAGGAAUUUUUUUGAAAGAAGUAAGUUUUCGCCUUAUAUCUCAAGGGAAAGCGAAGCAGGUUACCGGGCGCCCGUGGCACCGGCUCUAAAAUACGCUGGAAAUGUCAAUAAUGUAAGCUAGCCUAGUACGAUUGUCGGUUUCAUGUCGUGAUCGGGGUUAACACGAGUAAAAUCGGUCUACAUGUGCAUUUCCGCUCACAGCGUCUUUGUGAAGCAUGUAAAGUAAUAUAAGAUAGGUUGGUGGGCUAACAUUGCGUAAAUUCAUUCACUUUUAUAUCGCAUACUAAAUGCCAAUCAACAACGCUGUUAUCGGAUAUUGCCAAUACGUAUAAUCGAUUCGGAAUAAUAGGUAGCCAACGAUUACCAUCCUCACUGUCGCUAUCAUUCAAACAAAAAUUAAAAUUUCGAAAAUGUAAAACGCAUAGUUUCAAUACAUGUGUGAUUUUUUAGCGUCGGCCAUCAUAGACCUGUCAUACACCGUCAGCGAUUUAUAGAAUAAAAUAUGAGGUCGUUGCUUAAAAUCGAACUACUCACAAUCGUGCAUUUUCAUACUUGAACGAUGGUCUCGUAAAUCAUCUGACGUCGUAAUUUCACGCGCGCAGUCAGGUAAUCCACUAAUUGUUUUAUUAUUAUAUGUCGUUUCCAAUUCACUAUUGAUGUAUUACUUGUUGGUGAAAUCCCCAGCAAGUGCGCACAUAGUAUGCACAUUGAGUACGCACCUAUGAAGUUCUUACACGUUUCUGAUUGCGAAAUGCAUCCAAUAAAGUUGAUGACAUGUGUGACAAUAUC